AUGCGUCGCAAGAUGAAACAAAAGAAGCACCAACUUCAGGAAAUUCAGGAUGCCAUUUAUGCUGUUGACAUUGACGAAAACGAUAUGACCAUUAAUGAUCUCAGAGCUGAAAUGAAUGGUGAAGUAGACAGUGAAACGUUGGCAACCAUCUUCCGCUCUGCUGACACUAAUAAUGACAAGAAACUCAGCAAGGAUGAACGCCGCGCUCUUCGUGUCACCCUCGAAAAUAAAAAGGUACUUACAGUCUCGUAG